AUGUCGCUCUCGUCGACCUCGACGCUCAAGAGCCAGCUCAUCAGGAACCUCGGGCCACAGGCGCAAACGUACUUUGACACUCUCGCUAGCUUUGUGUCCGGUAGGAUAUCGCGAACAGAGUUCGAGGAUUCCGCAAAGCAAGUGCUCACCUCCGCCACUCUCAUACAACUACACAAUGCGUUGAUAAUAUCGCUAUUCGAUGCGACUGCCACACUCAAACGCCCUCCGACACCGCCUCUCUCGUCCUUCCCGAAACCUCCACCGACAAAGCGGAGACGGACUCUCCUUCCAUAUCAAGGACCCAGCGUCCCUGAUGAAGAACGUACAGUUCGCUCAAUGCGUCUCAAGAAAUGGACGCUCUCCAUGGGCAGGCGCGAACGCGAACGGCUAAAAGUCAUGCCCACCGUGCCCCCACCCACCGAUCCACCGCCCCCACCGCGGAAGGCAUUGGAUGAGAUAGCAAGCGAACGCGGUGUCGAGCUGUUACCUGAAAGAGGUAGCACUCCGGGCACUAGACUACCAAUACACCUCCAUGCGAGCACGCGUGCACCCACUCUCCAACAUGUUGCAGACAGGAUGAACCUCAUAUGCGCACAGAAUAACCUCAGUGCGCCUUCACGCGCCGUUCCAGCCCUCAUGAUGCUUGCAUGCGAGGCAAAGCUCAAGCAACUCAUCACCCACGCCCUGACUUUGACCUCAACAUCACAUGCCAUUAGCUCAAUCACACCCUCGAGCAGCAUGCCCCAACCUCCCGGCGCAGCCCAUCACCACUUCCCUCACCGACCACCCGUCCUCACAGCAGCCUCUCUCCAAACUCUGUUCACCAUUUCCCCCGCAGAUCUUCCCAACAGGUCUGCUGCUGCGAUGCGGUUCGCCGUAUCUCCGUCAUUAAUUGCAAGUCUUGACAUGUCUACUUACUCGUCUGCGGUUGACUGA